AUGUUCAACAGAGGUGAUGGUGAGCGACUCUACAAGGAGAAGCUGGCCGCGUUUCCUGAGAUUCAGAUCAAGCGAGACUCUCGCUUGGGUCUACUGCGUUGGGAGCUGGACAAGCCAGGCCAGUUCGUGCUCGUAGGGGACCAAAGGCAGCACGAAGGAGAAGAAGACAUGGCGAGGGCCGUUAUGACCCACCUAAAGGCCCUGGAGGGCCGCACCAACGUUGCCCUCCUCAGCCUGUCGGGCCUAGCCCACCAUGACGCCACCAAGCCAGUGUGGACGCAGAUCGUAGGCAACCACCUUUCAACAACCUUCGCUCCAAGUCCAGAGGACUUGGCUCUGGGCCUCAGAGACGCCGUGCUAGAAGUCGGACAGUGUGGACCGCCACCACUGAUCGUGAUCGACGGCGCGCAUGCUGCCGUCGUGCUCCAGGAGUUCAACGGCGCAGCUGGAACCGCGCCAGCGCUGGUCACUGAACUGGUCCAGCUUCAUAAGGCCGGCCACCUCAGCAUUGUUCUGUUCAGCGCCUAA